CCGUGUUGCUCUUUCUCUCUAUCUCUAGAUUCCUUCAAAGCUAGGGAGGGAGGGAAACCUAGUUAUACUGAUUAGAAAAUGGCUGCUCCGCCCCCGGACCCCGUGCCCAUGGCAUACCAGGGCGGCGGGUCGGCGGCAGUGCCCGUCUGGCUGAACAAGGGGGACAACGCGUGGCAGAUGAUCUCCGCCACGCUGGUGGGCCUCCAGAGCAUGCCGGGCCUCGUGAUCCUGUACGGGAGCAUCGUCAAGAAGAAGUGGGCGGUGAACUCGGCAUUCAUGGCGCUGUAUGCGUUCGCGGCGGUGAUCGUAUGUUGGGUCACCUGGGCCUACAAGAUGGCGUUCGGGCAAAAGCUCGCGCCCUUCUGGGGCAAGGCGGGCCACGCGCUCAACCAGGAAUACCUGGUAGGUCAGGCCGUGCUCCCUGCCACGGCGCACUAUGGCAAGGACGGGCUCCUGGAGACGACGAUGGCGAUGCCGUUCUACCCGAUGGCAUCGAUGGUGUGGUUCCAGGGCGUGUUCGCAGCCAUCACGUUGAUCCUGCUCGCGGGUUCAGUGCUGGGGAGGAUGAACUUCCGGGCGUGGAUGAUGUUCGUCCCCCUGUGGCUGACGUGCAGCUACACAGUCGGCGCCUUCAGCCUGUGGGGCGGCGGCUUCCUCUUCCAGUGGGGCGUCAUGGACUACUCCGGCGGCUACGUCAUCCACCUCUCCUCCGGGAUCGCCGGCUUCACUACCGCCUAUUGGGUAGGACCCCGGUGCACGAAGGAAGAGAGGUUUCCGCCGAACAACGUGCUGUUGAUGCUGGCGGGGGCGGGGCUGCUGUGGUUGGGGUGGGCGGGGUUCAACGGGGGUGACCCUUACACGGCCAACACCGACUCGUCCAUCGCCGUCCUCAACACCAACGUCUGCGCGGCCACCAGCCUCCUAAUGUGGACGUUGCUCGACGUCAUCUUCUUCAAGAAGCCCUCCGUCAUCGGAGCCGUGCAGGGCAUGAUAACGGGCCUCGUUUGCAUCACUCCCGCCGCAGGGCUGGUCCAAGGUUGGGCGGCGAUAGUGAUGGGAGUCCUCUCCGGGAGCGUCCCGUGGUUCACCAUGAUGGUCGUGCAUAAGAGGUGGACGUUGCUCCAAAAGAUCGACGACACCCUCGGCGUCUUCCACACCCACGCCGUGGCCGGCUACAUGGGCGGGAUCCUCACCGGCAUCUUCGCCGAGCCCACGCUCUGCUCCCUCUUCCUCCCCGUCCCGAACUCCCGGGGAGGAAUCUACGGGGGCUCGGGCGGGGUCCAGAUCGGGAAGCAGCUGGUGGGCGGUGCUUUCAUCAUCGGGUGGAACCUCGUGGUCACAUCCGUCAUAUGCAUCUUGAUCGGCCUGGUGGUCCCCCUGCGGAUGCCGGAGGAGGAGCUGAUGAUCGGGGACGAUGCAGUGCAUGGCGAGGAGGCUUACGCACUGUGGGGCGACGGAGAGAAGUACGACUCCACCAAGCACGGCUCGGAGGACACGUUGCACAAUAAUAUGUCGUUCACUGGGGCGACUCAGGUGAUCUAAAUCGUGGAUGCUCAAGAUGUUAUCGAUUGCAUUCUUGCCGACGUUUGGAUGCAUGAUUUGGGCGAGGGAAAUCAUGGGAAUGUGCAUGAUCCAUUUUCAUCUAUCGGUCUUGUUGGUUGAAAAACUUAUGUAGCGAGCAAAUUGUCCAUAGUUCAUAUGGUUGUGUACAAGCGGUCAAAAAACCAAGGUUUCAUCACCACAAGCACUACUUUUCUACUAGUAAAUUUGGCUUUUUUAUGCAUCA